AGAAAAUUCUGCAUACACGUGUUUAUGUCAGUGGCCAGAACUGAGUGGCCUUAAGCAGGCAGUAUGUUGGCUUCGGAUUACAUAUAUUGAACGUGAUGGAAGUAGGUAGGGAUGAUGAUGAAAGUCAACAGCUGUGAUGCCUGAGAUCACCAACACAGCUACUCGCGCAUCCUUGUCGCUUCUAGAUCGUCACCACGUGGCGUCAGGUUGAUCGAGACAACUUUCCAGCAAGAGCAAACAGCUAACCCCCUAGGUUCCUACCUAGGCUGUAUACAGGUUUACGUCGCUGCAGAAAUCUAGAACUUUUUCUCAUUCUUUUGUUACAUAGAAACCUUCCUUCACGCACCAGAAACGUGUGGCGAACUCAGGGGCUCGAUGACCAGCUAUUCCCAGAGGCCCAUACUCCGCUUCACGUCGACUACGAUACGGCAUGGCUUCAGAAAUAGGUGCCUAUAGAGGGUUUGCACUCAUCGUUCUAGUAUUACUCCAGUGCCAGAGAGCGCUUGCAUCAGGCUGUACCCAAGUAUACUGCCAACUCGCUGUCUGCGCUCCAAACGCCGACGAAGCUUACAAUGUCGCGAGCCUUGGGCUGGUGGGCAUAAUGGGGCCCGACUGCGCAGGCUGGGAGAGCAACUCGCCAACCGAUGGAGGCCGAGGAAACUGCACCGAGGGCUUAUCAACAUUCAGCGGCGGCUUUUAUGUAUGGCGAGCGUGGAGCGCGUUGGGGGACGACUAUUCCGCCACGUUUGCGCAAUGGGGCAAUUUCCUGGGUGCUACUUGUACAGGCCGGAAGACUGUAAAGUGCAAGGGCAAGUCUGGAGAGUAUCCUAGUCCAGUGACCGGAAGGUGCCAGCCUAAGAAGGGAAAAUAACUGGUUUCAAUUUUGAAUUUAAUCUUUUUUUUUUAUUGGGAAAAAAAAAAAAAAAAAAAAAAAAAAAAACAGGUGCCAGCGACACCCCUGGACAACGAAUGCUUGAAAGCCGCAAUUAAAUCGGUACGACGAGAAAAGUCGAUGGAUUUGGGGAUCCAAUGCGUCCAAAAACGGAUGGUUUCGCUUUCCAGAAGCGCAAUUUUUCCAGCCAACCCCCCCCUCUCUCUCUCUCUCUCUCUCUCUCUCCUC